AUGGAAAUUGAUGAGUUGAAAUCAAGCAUGGUUAAGCUUACCGAGAUGAUGCAAGUGCUGAUGGCUAGGACUGAUCCACCUCAGAGGAUUGUUAUUUCUGAAGUCUCCACUGUUGUUGUUGAUCCUUUACAGGUUCAGAAGCCACCUUCUACUUGGCCAGAGUUUGGGUUACCUGAGAAUUUCUCUCCAACAUAUGUGAAUGCUCCUAUGGUGGGUCAAACUUCGAGGCAGGUAUUUCAACCUCUAGUCUUUUCUGAACCUCCACCUGUUGUUCAUACUACUACUCAAGCUGUUCCAGCUCGUUAUGACAAUCCUCUAUAUGAUUACCGUUCUGUUGGUUCUCGAAGUGUCAGUCAAGGAGAUUGUGGUGAAGUUGAAGAAGUCCGUGAGCAAUAUCAGGCAUUGGAAAAGAGGCUAAGAGCUAUGGAAGGAAGCAAUUUCUUUAGUGUGAAUGCUGAUAACAUGGGUCUUGUUUCAAAUCUUGUCAUGCCUUCCAAGUUCAAAGUUCCCGAGUUUGAUAAUUUAAGUGGAGCUUCGUUGAAGUGGUACAUGAGUUUGGAAAAGGGUUGUGUUCAGAAUUUCCAAGAUUUAGCUGAUGCGUUCAUGAAACAGUACAAGUAUAAUCUGGAUAUGGCACCUGAUCGUCGUCAACUUCAGAAUAUGGCUCAGAAGGAAAAGGAAUCUUUCAAGGAAUAUGCUCAACGUUGGAGAGAAUUGGCUUCCCAAGUUGAACCACCUUUGUCUGAGAAGGAAUUAACUAGCUUGUUCAUGGAUACCCUUUCUCCUUUCUUUUGGGAGAAGAUGAUUGGAAGUGUGUCUUCAAACUUCACUGAUUUGGUAACAAUUGGUCAAAGGCUAGAAGAAGGAAUCAGGAAAGGAAAAGUGUCUGUUGCUGUUGAUUCUUCAAAGAAACCUUUUGGGGGCUUCCAAAAGAAGAAAGAGAAUGAGACUAAUGCUGUGUCAGAUGACAGAAGAAGAUUUCACCGUAGACCUCAAAAUGGUGAUCAACCUUAUGUAUCUGCUGUCACUCCUGUGCGAGUUCAAGCUCCUCAACCUCAGGUUGCCAACCAGAAUCAGAAUCGCGAUAGGACUCACUUCGAUCCUAUUCCUAUGACUUACACUGAACUAUAUUCCGCGCUGGUCCGAAAAGGUUUGAUCACAACAAGACCCAUGCCUCCUCCUCGAAACCCUGCCUCAAUAGGAUUUCGGCCUGAUCUUCAUUGCCUUGGUGCAAGAGUUGGUUAG